UCAAUAAAUUCUGCAGAUUUUUAGACAAAAUGAAUUUCUACUCAAUUUUCUCGGUAUGUGUCUUUGUGAUUGGAGUAUUAGGUGGAAAAUCAUAUUAUGAAAUCCUAGGAAUUGAUAAAAGUGCAAGUUUGAAGCAAAUUAAGAGCGCGUAUCGAAAACUUGCGAAACAAAUGCAUCCUGAUAGAAACACAGAGGAUCCCCAAGCUAAUGAAAAAUUUUCAGAGCUUGCGCGAGCGUACGAAGUUCUUUCGAAAGAAGAUUUGCGAAAAACUUACGAUAAAUACGGAGAGGAAGGACUAAAAGAUAAAAUGAACGGACGAGGUGACCCUAGUGAUGCAUUGGAAGCUUUUUUUGGUGAUUUUUUCUCUUUUAAUUUCGGUGGGGGUCAUGGGGGGGAAAAGGAAACCCCUAAAGGGGAUACGAUUAUUUUACCCCUUCAUGUAACAUUAGAAGAAGUUUACAUGGGUGAGUUUGUCGAAAUUGUACGAUACAGACCAAUCGCGAAACAGACAUCAGGAACCAGGGAAUGCAACUGUCGUAACGAGAUGAAAACGAUACAAAUGGGACCUGGAAGAUUCCAGAUGAUGCAGCAGAGAGUCUGUGACGAAUGUCCGAACGUAAAACUCGUCAACGAGGAAAAAGUUUUGGAAAUGGAGAUCGAAGUUGGGAUGGAAGACAAAACUAAAUAUCCUUUUAUCGGGGAGGGUGAGCCAGAUAUUGACGGGGAGCCUGGGGACUUAAUCUUCGAUAUACAAAUAUUGAAACACCCUGUUUUCGAGCACAAAGGUCUUGAUUUAUUCACAAAUGUAACUAUAUCACUCUCUGAUGCCCUCUUGGGAUUCACAAUGAACAUCAAACACCUUGACGGCAAAAAAGUGAAAAUCGAAAGAAAAGAAGUCACUUGGCCAGGAGCGAAGAUUAAAAAACGUUCGAAAGGUUUACCGUCUGUCGAAAAUGUAAACGUACGUGGCGAUUUGUUCAUAACUUUCGACGUGGAGUUUCCAAGGGGAGAAUUAACUGACGAACAAAAGGAAGGGAUUACAAAUUUACUUAAAAUUGAGUCAAAACAGAAAAUCUAUAACGGUUUGCAGGGAUAUUGAUGAAAUUAAAUUAAAAACCACUUUGCCUAUGAGUUAUUAUUGAAGCAACAUUUUAUGGAGAUUUUUUGUGUAACUGGUCUAAAGCCUGGUGCUCAGAGGACUAUAAAAGUCUGGUCUACCUUGGAACAUUCAGUGCUUUUGUUUUGUUAAAAAUUAUUGAACCGUGAUUGGUCAGAAUAUUGUUAAUCUAAUUUAUAAAGUAUUGCUGCCGCUGUUUUAUUCUGGAAUUUAUGCUGGAUAAGACUACAAUCUGAAUCACUGAAAUUAUUUGGGAAAUUUAAAGAAAUCAAAAAAAUUAAUCUUGUUGAUAAAGUGUAACGAUAUGUUGCAAACAACGACUGAUGCGCUAAAAGCUUUUUAUAUAAAAUAUUGCUCAAAGUAAGGCCUUGUCAAUAGAAAGAACUGCAAUUUUUGCUCAAGGCAAGGCUUCUAUUCCCUUACUAAAUUUUGGAAAGAGUAACAAUAAAAGAGUUGCGAAACACCAAUGACGCAUUAAGAGCCAUGCAUAAGUUUUCAUGUACAAGAUUGCUCAAAGCCUCAAAUCAAGGUCCUGAACUCUGAAUAAAAAGUACUGACAAAUGAAAGGAAGGGAAUAGUUGCUAGUUUGGUCAACGAUAGGUUUCUAGAUGCUCACUAAAUUUUUGGAAAAGGUUCUGACAGAAAAGUCAAACAGACAAACAAACGGAAAAUAUUCUUUCAUGUGAUAAAUCAAAGCAACAUUCGCUUUCAAUAUAAUUGUUAUAUUAUGUGAUAAUCAACUAUACCCUUUAUUUAACCCGGGCACACAACUAUGAUUUGCCAUAUGACCAUCUUUCUUGUCUCUAAAAAACAACAUUAAAAAUCCUUCUGAAAUAUUUGAAAGUGAUUUUAAUAUUUUAGGCAAUUUUGACCAAGUUAGCAAAAAUUUUUGCUGCUAAUAUGGGAACUAAGCCUUAUUUUUUGCUUCUAUAUUGUGAUGUAUAUAGGAAAUUUAUUUAUAUUUUCUCCUGUAUAUCUUAUAGCUGUUCAAUUCAUUCCCAAAGUUUCAUUUGUGGGUAACUCCUUAUAUAUAUUGAUAAAAGGGACCUCCGGAAGUAUGCGCACCAAGAUGGCGCACAACCUGAAAUCAGAUUGUGUACCAGGUUAGUAUUCAGGUUAUGCGACAUCUUGGUGCACAUACUUCAGGUGUACCGAUAAAAGUUUUAGUAUUUUUUCAAAUUUGGGAUCCACUGUUAGGAAUUUGGAUGGAUAUAUUGAAGUGAAUGGCCCACUCUUUAGAGGGCUAUUGGGCCACCAUUGAUAAAAUCCGCAACUGGGCCCAAUCACCGUUUUAUUGAUGUUUUUAUUGAGGGCCAAUAGGCUGUUAUAUAGACCAGUGGUCGGCAACCACCGGGACAUGGCCCAUUGCCGGUCUGUGGAAAGGUGACUGCCAGUCCGCAGAGAUGUGACACAAAAACAGACAGGGGCCGAAUAACACCUCUACAAUCCAACCACAAGCCCUAUGACUAAAAACAGCAAACCAGACAAACACAGCGCAUUAGUUAUUGCUAAACGAACAUCAAGCAAUGCCCAGAUAGAGAUUCAGAAGCUGUUACCUUCCACAGCAUCAUUUCCAUUUGAGGCCGGGUUUUCGAUAUUGACAACGAAAUAUCGAAGUAGGCUGGAUGUAAGAAACACGUACUUUAUUACAUAGGCUUAGCCCAUUUGUAUGAAGUCGGUUCCCCCAAAAAAUUUGAUCGGGAUAUACCGGUACGUCACUUAUAAAAGGUUGCCGACCACUGAUAUAGACUGUUAUAUCUACCGGUUAAUGGAUAUUCGGUUCCUAGUAUCAUUUGAUUGUCUCCUCCAGGGAUACUAGGCUUCCAUACAGACAGUGGGUUGGGAAUAGGUUGAAAAAAAAUUCAUGAUUUGGGAUCCACAGUUAGGAAUAGCAGCCCCUUGUGGUCGCUCCCGGUCCCCCGAAUAUCCUUCUGCUUCUAAUUUUGGCCAUCUUUCAAUCAACUUUGGCAACCACUGCUCUGAAAUUUGUUUCAAUUCCAAGUGACCUCCGUUCCGUUUUUUUCACCAUGCAUUAUGAACAUGGUUAGAAUAUGAAUUGACUUAUUUACGCCAACAUAUAUUUUAAUUUUUAGAAAAUUGUAUAAACAUUUAAUUCUGGUGGCUUUUUUUUAUCAUAACCAUUAUGACUUAUUUAUGCAAGAACAGACAUUUAUUUUAUACCAGGGUUUUCCGUUGAGUUGCUCAUGGAUCGUUUAUUGAAAAAAAAAUGGGAUAAUAAAACGGACCAAAUAACCAACCGAGCUGCCAUAUGGCGCAAAUCGAUUUGCGCAAAUUUAGGUACUCCUGAAGUAUGCGCGCCAAGAUGUCUCACAACCUGAAUCCUAACCUGGUACACAACCUGAGUUCAAGGUGUGAGCCAUCUUGGUGCGCAUACUUCAGGAGAUCCCAAAUUUAUAUAUAUAUUGGAUGUUUUGUUUAUCAAAGUAGAUUUCAAUUUGUCAAGGAAACAGCAGAAUAUUUUUCGCCAUAGUAAAAAAUAUGUUUUCUCACUGAACAGCUGUUUGGUCAUGAUUCUGGAAAUAACUCACCUAGCUGUAUCGAGACAAAUAUUCACACCAAAAACAAAUUUUUCGCUUCUCGUUUCUCAUUUUUGAUGUGACUUGGGUACUUUGGGCCGAUAUCAAUUUAAAAUUAGGGAAAGCGUUAAAUCUCAGCUUCUUAUGAGAGCAUUCCGGAAAACCCUGGUAUUGUAUAUUUAUGUGAUCUUUAAAAGGAAUAAUUAUUCAUUUUGAAUACCAUUUGAAAUAAUAUUAUCGAAAUCAAGUUAAAGUAGUUUUAAGUUUGGGCCGUCUUGAACUGAAAAAUUUGUAAAAAACACUUCAAAAAUUAUAGAAAUUGAAUUUGAUGUUGUUUAGUUAAUGUCGAGUUAGGUCAGGACUUCCCGAACUUUUGGGCUCGCAACCUCUUCCAAUAAUUAAAAAUUUACCGCGACCCUUGUUAUGUGAGCGCUAGUCUUCUCGGGUUUUAUGAUCAACAGUCGACAUUCUUAUGCAGGCGCACUGCUUCUUUGAUUUUAUUUCGGAAUCGAUAGAUUUAUGUUAUGUACUAGUUUUAAUAAUUGUGUUUCGAAUAUAAAUAUGAUAGAUAUAGUUUUGUGUACUAUUGGCGACGCCUAAUAUAAACACCCAUGUGAGUUUGCGAAUUGCGACCCUCAGUUUGGAAAGCCCUGAGUUAGGUGACUUUAAUAAGUGAGGACACCAGCUGAAAUUGAAUGAAAUCAACGAUUCGAACCCCCCAAACACUGGCAGUAACUUGUUCAUAUAUUUAUGUAUUGCUCUCGUUAGGUCUGUCUAACUUUGGUACGAUUUCAACUUCGCCGCUAGAAGUAAUUAUUUUUAAAGUAUGAUGAUCCAGAAUAACUCCCAGUUCGACUAUUUUGAAUUUUCAUAUCCAAGCGAAUGAAGAAAACCAAUAGUACGACCUAAUUGUAUUAUUAUAUGACAAUGGUCUUUUGGUAUUUUUGCUCCCAAGAGGAGAGGAAAUAAAAGUAAAACGGCUUAAUCAUAUCUUCACUGCGUUUUUGCGUAAAGUUGUUACAGAGUCAUACUAAAGCUGACUAGAUGUUUCAAUAUUAUCCAUAUUUUGGCGCUUCAGAAGUGUGUGUACCAAUAUGGAGGUCAAUAAUUUUGUUCGCAUACUUUACAUCAAGUUGUGUAAAGGGACUGAAACAUAUGGACAGGGGGUAAAUUCAUUUGGCUAACACAGACAGUCCCCAAACUCGUAAUAGAACUAAAAUAAAAUAAGGAGAAUCGGAAUAAAAUUAUGGCCUAAUCCUAUCCUGGUACACAUACUAUGGGAGUACCCAUGUUUUCGUGAAAUUCCGAACAAACAUUGAAAAAAAUGUGAAGUUUUUCUUUGAAUUUAUGUGUUUUUGUAAUUCUCACUGAUUAUGUUUGUUGAAAUUUAUCAAAUUUAGA